CAUACUCUAGUAAAUUUCUUUACUUUUGUAAUUUUCACCUCGAUCCCCAAGAUGCGCAAUCGACUCAUCUCGAACGCAGCCAAUAUAAAAUGACUAUGAAUACCGGCUUUAAUAAUUCUUUCUGUAGGUAUGUAGUACAAUGUACAUGUAAAUGCAGCUUAAUUAACCUUUUAUCUUGUGAUGGCGCUGGCGGCGGGCCCAACGUGAUCGCCAUCUUGUCGAAUCUUGUUGAGUGCGAGAGGCGAGAGUCACUUCCUCUUCAACCAUCGGCUGGGUCAACAUCGCGUGUUACGAGAUCCAAAGUAAUCGCGAAUAAUCGUUCGACAUCCGAUGAAGAGGAGAUAGUAUCCGGCCGCGACCGUUAUCCACAGGCUUUAUUGUAAGCUAAUUAAAAUCCAGAAGUAAAUAUUUUUCGGGAAUAAAUCAUUUUUCAUAAGAAAAUCGCGAGUGAAGCAAGCUGCUGCAAUCGGGGCGUUGUCCAUAAUCCGCCUACGGAGCCGCGAGUAGGAUCAGCCAUAAGGUCUAGAACGGGCAUAAAGGAUUGCAUCAGAAAAUUUCGUGGGCUUCGUGGCUUCUCUGUACUUCUAUAGAAGGACCAACUUCGACCUAACCUAACCUUCUGAAAAGAAGAGGACACUUUUCAGCGCUAUAAUGUCUAAACCGCUGCCAAAACCAAUCGAUCCUGGCCCUCGAAAGAUACGCGGCGGUAAACGCGCCCGUAAGAUGAAGAAGCGCUACGCGUCCACGGAGAAAACGAAGAUUAAAAUCUCUCAAGCACUCCAGAAGGAUCUGGAAAACAGGAGGCACUGGGGAGGCACUGGGGAGCAGAUUGUCCAGAAGCAAGAAGUUUCCGUCUCCGGUACUGCUUCCGUCGCUUUCAAUCCUUUACAAAAUCCUGUAAUCGUCAACCGACAGGCUGCCGAGAAACGUAAAUUACGACGUUGGUCAAUUUGGUUGAAACGUUUUAAAAGAAAGUUCUAUCUGGAUUGGUACAAACACUGCGUUUAUCAGAAAGAAUUGGACAAAUGGAUCAGAGAUUAUAUACAUCGGCAUAUGAUGAUGGAACGCGACGCCCGAUUGGAGGCAGUUGAAAUCCCAUCAUAGAUACUAAACAGAGAGUAAAACUGUAAAACAGCAGUGGGAUGGUUUUUUCCAUAAAAACGAUGCUCUAAAUAAAAGCACAUUGCUCCAAAUUCUUUGACGUAUUCGAUCCAUUGACCCUCUACCAUCCGUGUUGUAUUUGCUAUGCCUUCAACGCCGAUCAUUAAAAAUAUUGGACCAUUAAGUUUGUAAAAAUCAGAAUUCGGAAAGUAUCUCUAUAAUGAAAUAACAAAUCUUGCGCAACAGUGUCAGAGCUUAGUAAAGUAAAACUUUUUUGGGUGAAAUAAAUGAAACAUAUAAUCAAAAUUCUAUGCUUCGUAUUACCUGCUUCCAGAUACGAACGACAGAUGGAUUGAAAUGAUCUAGAUACUGCGUAAACCAUUGCUCCUGGGGAAGCGAGGUUUCAGAGGUCAAACCUGGCUCUCCUAAAUUGCCACCUUUCCUUCGACCUCUCAAGAAAGUACGCUACGCUGUACUAAUACUUAGGAUGCUCAAUAAAAUAAAUAGGAGCCGCAGAAACUGCAUUUCAAGAUAUAUUUUAAGAUAUAAAGUUCUUCUUUUCUUUUAGCGGAGGCAGCUCUGUAAGAAAAUACACUUCAGAAAGAUUUUUAUCAAGACAUAGAGAAAUUAACAAGCAUAUCACGCAACUGCAAAUAGAUGGAAUACUUUUUCUUUACAGCACUCUUAUUUUUUACUUGACAAUGCCAAAAAAAAAGGUAUAGUCUUAAACGUACAUACAGCUAUAUUAUUCACGCGAAAUGAAUUUAUGUUCGUGUCACAAAGAUAACUCGUCGUUAUAAUGCGAAUGUGAUUCGUUCUCUGGCGAAAAUUUCAUUGGACAUAAUACGAGAUAAGUAAAAGGUCGUUAUGAUGAGUAAAUAAAAAACGGUGAUGAGUAAAAAAUAAAGAUGUACAUAUACAGUUGUUUUCAGCAACUUGGCAAUGUCCAUGAACUUUAGAGAAAGUAGUAUCUCUUUUCAUCUCUUUCUCUUUCUCCGACGUUUAAUUGUAGAUGUCUGUCUCCUUUUAAAAGUAAGAAAUGUCCAACGUGAUGUCGCACGUAAUCUUCCUUGUCAUCGGUCGGGAUCUGCGAUGUAAGAGUUUAUCGACUUCCUUUCG